CUAAGUGAAUGUAUAGUAUAUAUACUCCUAGCUUGUGUUCUCAAUGGUUGGUACAUGAGAUAACGAAACACAUAGCCACUAUUUAUAAACUACUAGACCAAGAGAAAGGAAAGUUCUAGGAAAGUUGUACACGAAUCUAAGCCCAAAUUUAGCUUGAAAUUCCAAAUCAUAUUUACAACUCCAGUGUAUAAUACAACUAAAAAAAUUCGAAAUAGCCAUUUUUGAUUCCCCAACAAACUUUCCAAAAUACCCAUUUGUUAUGCCACACUUUUUCAUAAAACCCUUGAUUUCUAAACCAGUAAGCCACCUGCAGUGUGUAUUAAAGAAUCGAAUCACACAAUAGUCACACUAGGCAUAGCCUGAUUUUGUUACAGAAAUCAAAGACAGAUCCUCAAAAUGGAUCCUGGGACAUCCUCUUGUUUUCCCAGCACAGCAGAGCCAGAGGGCAUGAUAGAGCCACCAAGCCAGUUGUAUCAUGAUGUAAUGGAGGCUAGCUUUGGCGGUGGCGUAACGGGGUCCGAGGCCCAGUUGAGGUCCAUCAUCUGUAGCCUUUCCAUAUUAAAGCAGAAAGUUCUUGAGGUUGAGUCAUUGCUAAGCAUCUUGAUGUCCCAACAAAGCCAUCAUAAUGCUCAGCCAUCGACGACUCUAUCGACAUCGUCUAUACCCUAUGCAAGCCUCGGCACAUUGAUCCAAGAAGUUGUUGUGACUGCAUCUUCUAUGAUGUUCAACAGCCAACAAAUGAACAUUAGUUCGUCGCAAACAGGUCAUACUAGCAAUAGUAGCAGCCAUCCGCAGGCAGAGCAGCAGAGACCGCCUGAUGAUGGACUAUCUCAAUUUAUUGGUACCGUGGUUUGUAAGAAUAAUGCUAAUCAACUGUAUUUGGAUGGAGAAAGCUUCUACAAUUGGUACAACAAUGAUAUUUCAACAGGCAACAACAAUUACAUCAAUCCGAGAGCAGACGAUUCUUCAAGAACAACUACAACCAUAAUACCAACCGUGAAAGCAGAGAGAUCGAAUAAUGCCAAGGCUCAAACAAGCAAUAAAAUGGCCUUAAAUAGGAAGUUGUUGUCCGAGGCUUACGAUCUUGUAGAGCCAGAUGCAGAGGAUCUGCUAGCAAAAUACACCCACUAUUGCCAAGUAUGCGGCAAAGGGUUCAAGCGAGAUGCCAACCUUAGAAUGCAUAUGCGAGCGCAUGGAGACGAGUACAAGUCAAGUGCAGCCCUCAGCAACCCCUUGAAGAAGGAUACCGUAGAUCAAAACAACGCAACGAAACCACCGAGGAAGUACUCGUGCCCGCACCAAGGGUGCAGGUGGAAUAAGAACCAUGUGAAAUUUCAACCACUAAAAUCGAUAAUUUGUGUGAAGAACCAUUACAAGAGAAGUCAUUGCCCAAAAAUGUAUGUGUGCAAGAGGUGUACUAGGAAAGAAUUUUCUGUGCUAUCGGAUUUGAGGACGCACGAGAAGCACUGUGGUGAUCGGAGAUGGCAGUGCUCAUGUGGCACCAAUUUCUCUAGGAAGGAUAAACUCAUGGGCCAUGUCGCGUUGUUCGUUGGUCAUAGCCCUGUUAUUAGUCCUUUUAGUAAUGGUGAUAACAAGCUUGAUAAUCAUGGAGAACUCCAGAUUCAGUUUGAAGACAGGUGAUAAGAAAGAUGCGCGCGAUUUCUUCUCCCAUCUUGGGCAUACUUUAGAAGAUUUAAAAAAAAUGGACACUUGAUUGUUAGGUGUGCUUUGAGUAUGAAAUGUAUAAACUCCCAUGGAAUGAUAUGAAUUAAAUUCUUCUCUGGCAUAUAUGUGAUAUAUACAAGCUGAGUUUGAAUCAAAGAAAUUAGAAGUUUGACUUUUUCUU